CCAACCAAGUUUUUGGUCUUUAUCGGUGGAAGCUUGGAUAAGCCUCCAGAAGGCUCCCAAAAGCCUCAUUUGGUUUUCCUAUGCCUUCCUCUUCCACCUCCAUCCUUUUCUUCCUCCUUUCUCCAACCAAGGUUAAGGUGCUUUUGUUAGGAAUUAUAAGUAAAUUGUAUUAUUUUGCGAAUUACUGUUCAUGAUUACUGUUCACGAUUACUGUUCACGCAUUAUGCUUUGAUCUCUUCCAAUAGGGAGUCCUAAUAUUAUUUUGGACAUAUUAUGAAUUUGUUUGACAUGCGUAUGUGUUUGUGGCUAUGGAGUAAGUGGACCUAAGCUUAAAGCUUGGGGUAUUCAGUGGACCCUUCGGGGUAUUUAGUGGACCUCUGCGCAGUAGGGUUAGUACCAUGAUUAGCUCCGGUACAGUGUUGCUAGCACACCUUAGUGGACUUCAUAGCAUUGUGUGAUUUUCGAUUUUAUGCAUUGCGCUUGUGACAUCAUAUUUGUGAGCAUAUGAUUUUAGUAUAUGAAUUCAAUUUAGACAUUGUGCUUAUGAUUUGAGAAUUAUAAUAUUAUGUGAUUUGAUUCGGUUGUGUCUUAUGCUCUUUGUGUGGAGAGGUCUAAGGGUCUUAGAACCCAAGUUUAUAUCUUAAGCUUAUUACUUACUGGGCUGUGACCUCAUAAAAUCCCCCCCCCAUUUCAGAUCAGUAGAUUGAGGUAGCAGCAUCUCGGUUUAUGAGCUUUUGGCACGGGACUCGCAUGCUCGUUGUAUGUACAAGCUAGGGCCUCGUGUUUUCGAUAGGGAGGCAGAUCGAUGUCUUACCAAAACCAUGACUCAGCUUUUGUUUUUUUUUUUGGAAAGCUUUGGAGAAGAAAUUUGCCUCAUAAAAUUUUUGUGUAAAUUAGCUUUAUGUAUAAAACUUUUAAAUUAAUUGUAAAUGAGUUU